GGAAGCGACACAGCAAUGGCAGCGACCUUGUACACAGCAUGGUGUUCAUAACUGUUUAAUUAGAUAACCACUUAAAAUGCCCGUAUAACGAUCGCACGAAGCGACUGUUUGAUAUUUAUAGUGUCCGUUUCAAAGUUAGCAUCAUGAACUCCCUCAUCAAGGCUGCUGUCGGUGGAUUGACCGGUAUCUGUAGAGCCCACGGUCACCAAGGUGUUGUACACAGCCACUUGAAAGUCCUAACUGCUGGCCUAAAGACGUAUGAAAUCCCUCCAGACUACAGUGAUGUGGUGCUGCCGGAGAAACCCAAACUGAAGUUUAUGAACAAGGUGCCUGACGUGGUAAAGCCCAGGAGGGAGAUGAAGAAGCUGUGGGAUAUCCAAGGCCCAUCUAAGUCAGCAAAUAGCUUCACUACAGGACAGUACGCUAUUGUGGCAUUGGGAGGGGGCUACCUUCAUUGGGGUCACAUGGAGAUGAUUCGUCUAACUAUCAACCGCAAGAUGGAUUCCCGGACUACAUUUGCCCUCUGGCGCGUCAGUGCCCCAUGUAAACCCAUCACACGGAAAGGCCUGGGUCAGCGCAUGGGUGGGGGCAAGGGAGCCAUUGACCACUAUGUGAUACCUAUCCGAUAUGGCCGCUUAAUCGUGGAGGUUGGAGGAAAGGUGGAGCUGGGGGAGAUUGAGCAUAUCUUGGUUGAAGUGGCAAAGAAGUUACCCUUCCCUGCUAAGGUAAUGAGCAGAGAGAGCCUAGCAGCCAUGAAACAGAAGAAUGCUGAUAUGGAGCAAAACAACCAGAAUCCCUGGACCUUCAAGCGGAUAGCACAGGGCAACAUGCUGGGUAUCAGGAAGGUGCUCAGCCCCUUUGACCUACGCAACCACGGACGCUUCACAGGAAAAUUUCACAUCCCGGGGAGGGUGUGACAGGCCUGAAGGACAGAAAUCAAUACAGUGUCGUGCUUUGACACCAUCCAGACCACACCAUUGAAGAAGAAACCAAAAUUCUGAAAGGCUCUGACUUUCAGUUGUAUUUGGGAAUCUUUUUUCAUUUUUGUCUUUUUACACAAAUGUAUCAGUGAACUUGACAUUUUGUUAAAAGGGUGUUUUUCCCUUUUCUGCUGAAAACCCCCCCCUAAUAAAAUAGAUUAUGUAUUUCAGUUUUACAUGAAUUUGAAGUUCUUUCCAUCUAAUCAGCUGCUAAAAGAUGUAAAGGAGAACUCAAAACAAAUGAUAGACUUCACAAAAUUAGCAACAAGUAAGACAAGAAAUAGUUGAUUGCAUAAGCUUUACCCUCUUUAUUGUAAGCUGCAUAAUGAGUUAAAUUGAGAUCUGGUUUAAUCUGGAAUUCCACUGAUUGAAGUGGCAAAGAAACUUGUUAUUUUGCUGAUAAAAUUGUGUAUGUGUGUGUGUGACAUAACUGAAUCUGCUGAUAUUUGCAAUACUGUGCAUAUACAGCAACCGUCGCAAGGUGCAUCAAUAUUCGAGGUUUAUUUAGAUAAUAUCCCAAUGCUUGUAAAAUUAAAAAAGACG